GUCGCUCUUCUCUCAAAUCCACCAGCAUGUAACCGUCGGACAGCGGUGAUGCACGGCACGUGCCUGUAACCGGUAACCGCCGUCACUCUAAGCUUUACGACCGGUUCACGACACUCGACCCAUGCCGGUCCGGUAGACCGGCACGUUAAAAGGGACAGACCCCAAUUCCAACCCUAGUUUCCUAGUUCUGUUACAAGCCUCGCUAUUUUGCUCCUUUCUUAGCAGCAUCGGUGCCGUGAGAAGAAGAAUGUUUCCCAAAAGGAAGUACAUGGAUGGAGGUGAUGGGCGUGAAAUGGGGUUGAAGCGACCACAGUUUGAUUCAAGUCCAUUUUUUGGGGCCUCUGCUGGUUCAAGCCUCAUGUAUAAUCCUUCAUAUGCAUAUGCUGGCCAACCUCCACCAUUCCCAGUUGUCCGAUUGCGUGGCCUUCCUUUUGAUUGUUCAGAAGCAGAUGUUAUUGACUUCUUCCAUGGUCUGGACAUACUUGACAUUCUCUUUGUUCAUAAAGGUGGUCGCUUCAGUGGAGAAGCUUUUUGUGUAUUGGCAUAUCCUCUGCAAGUAGAUUUUGCCAUUCAGAGAAAUAGGCAGAACAUGGGUCGGAGGUAUAUUGAGGUUUUCAGGAGUAAGAGACAAGAAUACUACAGUGCUGUGGCACAUGAAGUUUCUGAUAUGAGGGGUGGUUCUCCACGUCGAAGCGCUCCGAGGGCAAGGUCAGCCGAUGAUGGGAAGGAUUUAAUUGAGCAUACCGGAGUUCUACGGAUGAGAGGAUUGCCAUAUUCUGCUGGGAAAGAUGAUGUGAUGGACUUUUUUAAGGACUACGAACUCUUGGAGGACCGUGUUCAUAUUGUGCUGAAUUCAGAUGGCAGGCCAACAGGGGAAGCUUUUGUGGAGUUUGCAAAUGCAGAGGAUUCAAAAUCUGCAAUGGGCAGGGAUAGAAUGACACUUGGAAGUCGUUAUAUAGAGUUGUUUCCCUCAACUCCCAAGGAGAUGGAUGACGCCAUUUCUAGAGGACGAUGAGGCUCGUGAUUGGUAACAACAGGUUUUGGUUGACACCCAGUAGAUACUGGAUAUCAUGUUACUGUAUUAUCUUAUGCUUUUGUAUGGAAAACUUGCUGCGACAUGCGGUGGACUUGUGAUCUGAUAUCAAUCAAUGCCGGGUCUGGCCAAUGCCUGAUGGUUCUAGAUUAUCUCUUGCUGUGUUCCAUCCAGUUAGUUACAAACCUAAGAAGUAAAACCUGUGCCCUGUCUGGUGUGUCUCUUCAUACAUAAUUUUAUCUCUGCGUUCUGCUAUAUAAUCUGAUCUGCAGAAAUACAAAUGGCUUCAGCGAUUGGCACGAGCAAAAUGACAAUUUAUGUGGAUUGGUGUUUCUAAUUUAAGAUAAAUGGAAUUAUUUCAAUAGGCUGGUAUUAGAGUGCCUGGGCAAUCUGUAAUUUUGUUGAUUGUAUCUGUAUUGUUAAUCGUAGGCUUCAAGAAGCUGAUCAAGUGGUUGACAGUUCGUGGUAGAGAAUUGGUAUCUGUCUGUGGUUUUGGGAUUUUGAAUGGGAGGUCUUCCUCCUUAUCAUCAUGUUUUGUUGAGAGAUAAUGGUGUACAUGUGAUGUUUGGAAGGGUUAGGUGGGUUGCUUGUCUCAA